AUGUCGUUGCCACCAGGUUUGUUUCGCCCACGCAACACGAUUCAAGUCCAAAACCUCACGAUUCCAGAAGAUUCUGUUAUUGAGCCGACGUUUCCGUGCAGUAAUUGCGGCCGGAAAUUUAUCAGAUCAAGUCUGGGAAAGCACGAGUCCGCGUGCAAAAAGCUCGCCACACUCCACAGGAAGCCAUUCGAUUCGGGUAAACAGCGUGCAACCGGCAGCGACAUUUCAUAUGAUGAUGUGAAACGAGCACAGAGAGAGAAAGCCAAGGUUGGCGGUGUAUUUCCUCGACCUCAAACGAAUUGGAAAGAACGUCAUGGGAAUUUCAUUGAUGCGGUAUCGUCGUCGAAACGUGUGGACUAUGCUCUUAAAACGGGCGCACCACUGCCGCCUCCACCGCGCACUGCAGUUCCAAGUGACUACGUUCAAUGCGAAUAUUGCGGAAGAAAUUUCAACGCUCAGGCUGCCGAACGUCAUAUUCCAUUUUGCCGCGAGCAGUCUUCAAGAAAACAGCCAAACUCGCGCAGCUUAUCGCAGAGCCGAAUGGCGGCGGCUAAUAUUAAAAAUCUACCAACGAAACACGAGGGAAAGAAUCGUGAUAUUCUGUCCCGCGACAGUUCACCGAGUCGUCAUUCAUCCACUCGUACUCGUGAUGGAAGUUUGUCUCGAAAUCGCUCUGAAACGGCUGAUGAAUUGAAACAACGCCGUCGAUCCGUCGAAACUCGUUCCAGUGUAAACACAUUGCAAACUCGGAAUACAUCCUUUUCAGCUGGAAAUCGGCCAGGGACCCUGCCUCCGUCUAGUCGAGAGAAGCGCAGUACUUCAGCAUCAAGAAGUUCGGCGCAGCAUCGCAUAAAAACUCCGUAA